UUUGUUUACAUCAAUUUCCAAUUAGAUAAUCCCGAAAUUUUUCUAAUUUUUCAUUGAAUUUAAGACUUGGCACCUCCCAAAAAUGCCAGAAAUUAGUUCGAGUGACACUUUUGUGUCAGAACUACCGGAAACGUGGCAGAUUCGACCAUGUGACGUUUAUUACGAAGAAUACAAGGACUGCAAGAGCAUCAAAGCCCGUUUUCAGCAAUAUUUUGUGCAUGGCGAACCCACAGAUUGCAUGCCAUGGCGACGCGAUUAUGACAAUUGCACCAAAUUCCUAAAGUCGAAAGAUCUGAAGGCAGCUCGUGCACUGAUCGAAAGUGAAAAAGAACGAAGACGAGAACGCUUUAAGGGACAUUAUGCGAACGAUGUGUGGACCAGACGUGAUAAACCGCCGGAAAAUUGGAGUGCUCCGUUGCCAGAGGCGAUCUCCAAGGACUAUGAAAAAUCUUAUUUGUACAUGAAGUCGCGAGAAAUGAAGGGAGAAAUUCCGCCUUCUUCGGAUAUUGAUGGGACUUUGUGCGUUAUCAUGUAGAAGGGGGUGUCGUUGAUGUUAGUUUAGAGAAUUUUUUUGCAAUAAAAGUGGAUUAAAUUAAUAAAAUUAGAGUUUUGAGAAAUUGUGGAAUAAUUUUCAGAACAAAGAAAUUCAAUUUCAAGGAAUUUUUUAACAACAUUUCGAAGAUCUUAAAAGAAAAAAAAAAACAAUUUAAUGGAAAAAUGGGGAAAUUUUUAAACUUUCAUGCUUAAAAAUAAAAUCCAAUAG